CGAAACUAGUAAAUGAAGGGAGAAGCUUCAGAGAACGACUUUGCGAAUAAAGUGACGUUGCCAGAUCAAGAGGUUUCUAAAGACGCUGGUGUGAAAAUGGAAGAAGAUGCUGAUGAGUCGCACCGUUCGGAAGAUACCGCCAAGGAGAUGGACCAUAACAACGACACAAGUGAGAAAGAAGGAGGUGGGGAAGACGUGGAAGCGGUAGACGAUGAAGACACGGAGCUACCAGAGGAAGAGGAGGAGGCAGAAUCACCACGAAAGAGGACCAAACAAGAUAGAGAGACGGCGCGAAAAGAUAGAAGUUUGGCGGAGCUUCUGUUGAUGCUUGACGAAUAUCGACCUGUGACACCCGAUGCUGUUACGGAUUAUUAUCUAGCACGAUCAGGAUUCGAAUGUGACGACAUCCGAGUAAAGCGUCUUCUAGCCCUUGCCGCUCAAAAGUUUGUGUCAGACAUUGCGGUAGAUGCGCUUCAGUACUGUAAAAUACGUGGACAAGGACCCCAGACAAAGGAUCGCAGAAACAUGACGAAGGAUAAGCGAACGGUUUUAACCAUGGACGACUUAUCUGCUGCGCUCGCAGAUCAUGGCGUCAAUAUGAAGAAGCCAGAGUAUUUUCUAUGAUCUCUACCUGUAUAUAGCUUGUAAAUAAGGAACCAAUUCGUAAACCGCCAUAGACAACACCGACAAUGACGCAAAAUACCAACCACUAUCUUCGUAUUAACAGAAACAAGUAGAGCGUUAUAUAUUACAUUGGACUGUCGCGUUAUAAUUCCAGUUGGAAUACAUAGUUGUAAAUUCCUGAAAGGUCCAUCCCACC